GAGAGACAAGACAGAUAGAGAGACAAAAGUAACUAUACACAGACAGCGAGAACGACACCGACAGCCGAGAGGCAGACGGCGAGGGACUCCGAAAGGCCGGCGCCCCCCCCCCCCAAAGGGCGCCGCGCCAGCCAGUCGCCCGCGGGCCUUCGCAGCCUCAGGUCGUGUCCGAGGGAGCUCUCGCCUGUGGCCGCCAGCGCGCGAAAACCACGUGACCUCGCAAUCGCCUCCGUAGGUCUUUCGCGAGCUUUUCUUCUCUCCCUGUCCCCCGUUUAUUCCAAAUUCGCGCUCUUUUCUUUCUUUUCGUUACGCCUCAAUUAACCCCAUUCCCCCUCGCUUCUUUCUCCUUUCCCAAACUUCCCUUUUCGCCCACACCUCGCUCUUCCAUCUUUCCCUAACUCUUCCUUUUACCCAAUCUUCACUCUUCUUCCUCUUUCCCUAGCUCUCCCCUUUUUAUCCAAUUCCUGCUCUUCUCUCUUUCAAACGGUUCUUUAUCUCUUUCCCUUCCGCCACUUUUACCCUAUUUCCGCUCUUCCUUCUUUCCCUGCUCACUCUCUUCUUCUAUUCCCGGUUUUUCUUGUUUCUCUUUCCCUAUUCCCACUUUCACCUAAUUCCCGUUCUCCCAUUCUCCCCUUUCCUUUCCCCCUUUUACCCAAUUCCCGCCGAUCCUUCAUUUCUCUAACUCCCCCUUUCAUCCAUUCCUCGUUCUUCCUUCUUUCUUCUUCCCUUCCCGCGCUUUUACCCAAUUCCUGCUCUUCCAUUUUUCUCCUUCCCUAACUCCCCUUUUAAUCCAAUCUUCUCUCUUCCAUUUUCCUUACUCCUUCUUUUUAAUCCAAUUCUCGCCCUUCCUCCUUUCUCCUUCCCUUCCCACCUCCCGGAUGAAGCGGGUGAGAGGAUUCUUCCACGCAGCGGGCGGCGCAGACUCUCCCGUGGGCGCCGUGGGCGUGGUGGGCGACAGCAGCAUCAGCGCCCUCAGCAGCGGCGGCGUGGCGGCGGGCGUAGGCGCGGGCGAGGGUGUGUGGGGCGCGCCGCCGCAGGGAGGCAAACGGACUAUGGACUUCCUGAACCGCGGCAAAAUGGCGACCAAAGGCAAGCUCUCCAAGAUGAUCUACGUGAAGCCCUACGAGCACACGGAGGAUGAGGCGGCGAAGGAGGGCAAGGAGGACAUCAUGGACGACGAGGACGACACCCAGAGCGAGAAGGAGAACCUGUCGGACUUUCUCUUGCAGCAUCAGCAGAAGCGUAGGACUCCCGCGGACCUGCCCCGGGCGCGCUCCCUCGAGCAGUUCCCCUCGCCCGGCCUCAGGGGGUCCUCGGGGGGCACGGACGUCUCGGUGGGAGGGAGGAGGGGGUCCUACGAGAAGCCCCGGGGGAGGUCGCUAGGCACCCCGACGACCACGCACUCGCCCGCCCCCAUCGCCUCGGGGACGAUUCACGCGUCGCCCCUGAGGAGGACGCUCAAGUGGUAGCCGGGGAAGCAGGAGUCGAAGGGAAGUGACCCGAGUGCAGUGCAGGCGCUUUCCGGCGCCGGGGGAACAUAAUGAGCGCGAGAGAUGGUACCAGUGCAGUGACGACAAACAGUGAAAAGGGGAUAAUGCCAUGUGCAAAGGGUAACACCAAUGCAGUGACGAAAAACAAUAAAAAUGGACAGUGCCAUGCGUAAAGGUGAUACAAAUACAGUGAAGACAACAAUGGAAAAAGGGACAGUGCCAUACGCAAAAGGUGAAACCAAUGCAAUGACGACAGUGAAAAAGGAACAAAGCCAUGCGCAAAGGGUGACCAAUGCAGUGACGACAAACAGUGAAAAACGGUUAUGCCUUGGGCAAAAGGUGAAGCAAACACAAUGACGACAAACAAUAAGAGAUGAACAUUGUACAAAAUAAAAAUUAUCGAAGGCUACAAAUCCCAGUGACGUUUAUGAAGGGAAGUAACGGGAUCUUAAAGUGAUAAAUUCAUGACAUUUUCCUCUACUGGAUGAGAUAAAAAAUGAACAUAACUAACAAAGAAGUGACAAAUAAACUAAAUUGCUUUAAUCUAACAGAAAUAUAUAUUCUUUAGGUAAGAAAAUAAAAAUUAUGAACACU